ACGCCCCCAGCAUGGAUACAACCAGCAGGAACAGGCGCUCAGGAGACACACUCACUAUGCUGGAGAGUGUUUGUAGCCGCGAUGGGAGUUAACACAUCCAAGUUUCUGGAGGUCCUGUUUCCAGCGUCGUUGCACUAAAUAAAGACAUUUGGUUUCUUCUUUUCUUUUUUUUUUUGUUCUCUUUUUCUUUUUUUCUCUCUCUCUGAGGGGGCUUGUCUGCGUUUUUCUAUCCGAGGCGUUUCUCUCACAGGAUGUUGAUGAUAUUGGAAAGCCGGGUAAGAUCAUAAAGUCAGUUCUCUCUGAUGAGAACGACCUCCUCCUCCUCCUCCUCCUCCUCACCACCACCACACAAAGGGAACCACGGAACAAGUACUUUUUUCACACGCCAUCAUUUUAUUUUUUUAAUUUUUUGAAUGUCAUUAAGAAGCAGAGGGGGCUGUUUCAAAGACAAAAUGGAUCACUUUGCAGCAGAGUGCCUUGUUUCAAUGUCCAGUCGUGCAAUUGUUCACGCUCCUAAAGGGAAUAGGGAGAUUAAACCAGAGAUCCCGUCCUCCUCCAAGAACGGGGAGGAAAUAAAAGAGCCUUUGGUGAAAGAUAACUCCUCUCUUUUUGUGGUGGCGCGGAUUCUUGCGGAUUUUAACCAGCAGACUCCCAACAAUGUUGCCGAGCAGGCAAAAAUAAAGGAUGAGAGCAUGCCGAACCUCAUAGAGGAUGAUGGAAACUCUGCCACACCUACCACCAUCUCCGAUCCUUCGCUCAAACAAAGAGGCAAAAGAUCGCGAGGUCGAACUGAGCAAGAAUCACCUCAGAAAAAGCACAAAUGCCACUAUUCAGGUUGUGAAAAAGUUUAUGGCAAAUCAUCCCACCUCAAAGCCCACCUAAGGACACAUACAGGAGAACGUCCUUUCCCAUGUACUUGGCCCGACUGCAGUAAGAAGUUCGCCCGCUCCGACGAGCUGGCCCGCCACUAUCGCACCCACACGGGGGAGAAGAAGUUCGGAUGCCCGCUUUGUGAUAAGCGUUUCAUGCGCAGCGACCACCUUAUGAAGCACGCCCGGCGCCACUCGGAUUUCCAACCCGGCAUGCUGAAGAGACCCCACAGCGGCAGCAGCAGCAGCGGCAGCACCACACGUCCCAGCUCCCUCAGCGACUACAGCCGCUCGGACGCCUCCAGCCCCACCCUCAGCCCAGCCCUCAGCCCAGCCAACUCGCCUUAAACUGGAACCCUGUCGCACUUUCUGCCUCUGACCUGGGAGGCCUGUGUUUUUGUCAUAACACUUGUGUUGCACAGUUGUCAGCAACAUCCCCCCUUUGCUAUUCCUGCGCUUGCUGUGGUGUACCAUACUGUACAUAACUGCUUAUUGUAGUGCAAUUACUUGUGUGAUCCUAAAAGAAGGUAAUGCCUUUCCAAGAUGGCAAUAUUUACAUUCUGUACCAUAUGUCUGUAUUUUUUUAGCUUCUGAUCAUGGCUAGUUGUCCAAUGUAAGUCUGCAGUCAGCUAAACAAGGUUUAGAAGAAGAAAAAAACAGACACCCUGACAAGUCUUAUCAAAAUGGAUCUUUUUUAGUUGUUUUUCUUUGUUUUUUUUUAACGGGUGAGGAGAGGGGGUACACACACACCUCAGGAUUGAAGACAGUUGCUAUUUCUGUAAUACCACAGUACUUAACAGUACUCACAUUGACUGCACAAUAUACUCAUCACUUUACUCUGAAAUUCAACGGGGGUUGAAUUUUAUGCCCUGCUCAGGGAUGGCCUUGUUAGCUUGAAAGAAUGAACAUGGUGAAGAGAAACAUACAGUACAUACAUAUAUAACAGCCUUACACUCAACACAAUUUGCACUCUUUGUUUUUUUGUUGGUUUUCACGUUUGAGGAAACUAGCCCUACAGUCAUACGGUCAGUCGUACACAGAACUCAUGUCCUGUUCUCCCUUGUUCUGGGAGGUUCAAAUGUAAUGUAAACGCUGUGUGUUAAGAAAAAAACCCACCUCAGUAAACAAAUACAUCUGUUCCUUCACCGCAACGUUAAUAUUCAGUUGCCGUUACACUGGGUUAAAUAUGUAUUUCAUUAAACAGCGGUGUGCAGUAUAUACUGUGUAAAUCUGCAUUGUGGGAUGAUCGGGAUUAUAUUGACUGUUGUUAACAGUUUUUAUAAAUACACUCGGUUGAAGAAACGUUAGACCCUUUAAAUAGAGACAGUUAAGUUUCAAAGCAGCUGUUCAUGCUUUUUCUUUAAAAAGAAAGCGCUGUAUCAUCAGCCGGUAUUUCACACAAAAUGGACACAAAGGGACUUUAGUGGAAACAAUGUUUAUCCUUCUCUCAAGCACAUAGGAAAAAGUACCAAAGACAAGAGUGAAUGAAAGCUUUUUAUUCAGUCUUGUAAGUUGCCCUUCAUUGAGGCCUGGGGCUGGUGUUUGGCAGUAUCACAGGUAGAGCCAGACAGCCGGCUCACUUCCCUCCUCCUGGCUUUGCCUUUUGUGGCCUCCCUGGAGGAAACAGCUGCAUCCCACAAGAAGCUAUUCACAGCCCACAGCAGGAGUGGUAACAUGCCAUUCCCGGGGAGUUCUCCCUCACCCAUCUGGCUCUACCUGUCCCCGUCAAAGACUGGUGAAGCAAGCCAAGCGUGCCAAAUUGCGUAAGGUUGCCUAACCUUGGGGUCAAAUGUAGGCCAGAGAGUGUGGGCAGAGCCAGGGCUGGGCAGCGACACGGUGGAGAACAGAGUGAACAAAGCAGCUAUCUGAAAAAGACAGGCAAGAGAGGGCAGGUCCUGAUAAAAGAGGAGAGGUUUAUCAUGAGCUGAGCAGCACAGAGGAGGAGACACCCAGUCACAGACACCCCCCGUCUCCUCCUCCCCCAACUCCCCCCCUCCCUCCAACUGUAGUAACUGUGAGUGGAAAAAUGGCUGUAAUUAGUGGGUUGAUCCAACCUGUAUGAUAAGAGUAGAAAGAUAAGUGUAUGAACAACAGUACUACCUAGACCGAUGCUAGCAGUGUGGGUGGGAUGUACCCAACUGCAUCCUAAGCACAGGGAGAAAUCCUCUACUACUGCUGCAGAGUCACAUUUCACCACGCCAAGGAAAAAAUGUCGCUCCGAAUUCGCACCGAUAAACCAGAGCUGCGAAACAGCUGCUUUCAAACUUCUCUCUCGCAAAACAAGGGGGCUUUUAAACUCUUGUAAAAACAUUUGAACCAAAACGAACAUAUCAGCAAAGUGCAGUGCUCACCAGCCUCACGUCGUCCUGCCUGUGAAGCUCAGAUGUCCCGUGAGAAAGCUGACUUGUGUUUCUAGACAGACAUGCCUCAAUAAGUCAGGCAAAAGGCACAGUAAACCUUCCAUGGAAACGGGCACCACUAUCAAAACUGCUGCAGCCCAGCCAGUCUGUGUUAUGCCUACAUUUUCUUUUAAUGCUUCAGCACUAUGGCCGGAAAUAGUUUCAUCUAUGUAUCUGGUCCUGUCAGUGUGUUAGCUUCAUUGUACCAACCGACUCUCGCCCCGCAGUGCCGCGGCUCACACUAUAUGCAUGUUAACAACUUUGCCUUGGAAAACGUUGAGUGUUUUUUGAGGCGGUCUGGCAGGUGUAAGUUCAUCAAUGGCAGGCCUUGUCCCUCGUUCUCCACGUGCAUCCAUCUCCCUUUAAAGUUGUGAAGAAUCAGCUCUGUCACAUCCUCCAGCAAGAAAACAUCCCUCGUUUAGAUCGAAUGCAGUAGUUUCCUCAAAACACCACGUUUAAAAAAAAAAAAACAGCCCUCUGUAAGAAGGUAAAAUAGUUUCCAGGCUGCGAGAUGACACUUUAAAUGCCACUGAUCAGCAGCUCUUAGUUAAAUAAGCACUGAGAGGGUUUUACAUUUACCAUUUCUGGAAAGAAUCUUUGAUUUUCACAAAUUCUUCAAAUUGCUGUUGAGCAGCUUUUUGUUGUUGUUCUGUUUUAGUCUGUUUUUGACUUGGUUUGUAGUGUAACUUUCUCUUGCAAAAGAAAAAAGACAAAAAAAGGAGUAGUUCACCCUCAAGCAGGUUUCAUUAUUUCAUUCAUCACUUCUCAAUCCAUAAUCUGCACAUUUACCUCAGGGUCGACAUCCGCAAAGCAGAUAUGGGACAGUUUGUGGAUUUUGUUGUAACAUCAGUUGCUGCACAGAAAUUUCUGCCAGCCUCCCCCUGGUGUUCCUGGGUGCUUAGUGCUCACUGCUGGUCAGUGUCCGACCACACUGGAAACACAGGAACGCCUCCAUACGGGCUCAGCUCCUGCCUAUAAUGUCUUCAUAACAUCCUGCAGUCCUGCUACAUGCCUUAGUAAGCACUGGGCACUCGGGGAGCUGUUUUCAGUGAAACACCCAUUUAAACAUCUUUGACCCUUAGUGUCAGUGGACUUACAGUAGGCGACAGGAAGCUCCUACCAUCUGAAAAUAAACCGACUGUGACAGUGUAAACAUCCCAGUCCAUCCAUCCAGACUGCACCAGUGAACAUAUAUAGGCCUCCACAGGCAGUGUCUCAUAACUUUUAUUCUCACUGUACCAAAUCUACUUGAAUAAUUCAACACAAAAGGCCAUUGAACACAGUUUUUGUACAUGUCCAUUUUUACUGUACUUGCUUUUGUUGUCAAAUAAUUAUUAACCUCUGGAGAAAAGGUGUACAGUAUGUUUGAUUUAUUUUGUUGUUAAUUUUUUUUUCUAGAUUUUCCAUUGUCUUCAGGUCAUUUCAGCAAUUCUUUCGAAUUUAUCACAGCAUUAAAGUUGACUGUUUUUGACUGGCUGUUUAAAGGCACCAUAUAUUGUUUUAAAAAAAACAA